AAAAAAUAUAUGGUCUUUUUUCUGCAACAUCAAGGUAUAUAUUGAUGCUUACAUAGGUCUGGUGAUAAUGUUCCCCUUUAAGUAUAUAUACUGUAUUUACAUCGUGUGUAUACAAUGUUGAUAGAGAGCUUUGAAGGCAACAUAGGAGACUCCCAUUAGCUGUUUUUUUAUCUUUAGAAUCCUAACCAAAAAAAAAAGUUAAAGUUAUUGUCAUUUUUGGUGAUUUAACCCCCAAUUCCAACCCUUGAUGCUGAGUGCCAAGCAGGGAGGUAAUGGGUCCCAUUUUUAUAGUCUUUGGUAUGACUCGGCCAGGGUUUGAAGACGUGUGUUCUUGUCUCUCAUAACGAUUUUGAAUGAUAAGCAAAAUUAAAAAAAAGAAAAAAAAGUGCAGUCCCCCUUUAAAAGACUAGAUAGGACGGCUCUAGUCUGACGGGAUGGUGCGGAAUCCAAAGUAUUUAUCCUCUAAGGUAGGAGCCCCAACAAGAAUUGUUUCACUUUUUGUUAAGAUCUUUAUUCCUAUCUCGUCUUUGAGCGUAUAAUUUAGGUCACUUUAAACAAAGCAUGAUAUCUCAAACGGUAAGAAAGAAUGUAUCAUUAUGUCCGAAAUGACUAUAACAAGCAUGAAGUGAUGAGAGGCAAAACUUCUUCUAACAGUUAAUUUUUUUCUUCAACCAGGAUGCUAGUAUUUUGGUCCAAUGUGCACUUUGUACCAAACAGUUUACGAGGUAAUUGGGAACCUACGAGUUCAUCCAAGAGCUGCAAAGAGGAUUAGAAUGGCUGCUUAGCUUAGUUACCUCCAGUGAGGAUGAGGACGAAGGAGGGCAGCUGCACCAUCUGUCUGCCAAGUGGUCACUUCUCUGCCGCGCUCAAUGGAGACCAGUCUGGAGCUGGACGUCUUGAUUUACCCCAAUGAGGUGAGGAUCGCAACCCCCGAGGACCUCCGAGAAUGGGAGCUGGAAACCGCCAGUCAGGUGUCCGAAGCUGCCUACCCUCGACUCUUUGUGGCGCUCUACCCUUACAACCCUGCGGCCAUGUCGCCCAAUCCUGACACUGCGGCCGAGGAGUUGCCCUUUGUGCCCGGACAGAUCAUCAAGGUGUUCGGGGACAAAGACUGCGACGGCUUCUACCACGGAGAAUCGGGCGGCCUCUCGGGCUACGUGCCGAGUAACAUGGUGGCCGAAGUCCCAGUGGAUGACGACUAUCUCAAGCAUCUGCUCAUGCAGCAGGGCUUCAUCCCUGUGGACCAAACAGGAAUGUCUUUGAGUCCUGAUGUGAGCGAGGUGUCCAGUGUUCCUGAAGGUACGGUAGUACGCAGAAUGGUGGCCAUAUUUGACUACGACCCCUGGGAAAGUUCUCCUAAUGUUGAUAGUGAAAAUGAACUGGGCUUUUGUUCGGGUGACAUCAUUUAUGUUUUAGGAGACAUGGAUCCAGACGGAUUCUACUACGGUGACCUUAAAGGAAGACAUGGCUUGGUGCCGUCCAACUUCCUGCAGCCUUUACCGUGGGAUUAAAAUAUUAGCUUGUUUGCUAAUGAAUACACAUGAACAAUUCUAUCCUGCCAAUGCUAAUUAAAUCUAAAUUAAUUAACCAGUUCUAACCUAAUCCGUAUGAACAACAAGACAUUGAGUAAAAACAGAGCUACCUGUGCACUUUUAUUGAAACAAACCACUUGUAUAGAAUACAAAAAAUGAGUCCAAACUAUAUACAGUAUAUAUAUAUAUAUAUAUAUA